AUGUAUCUGAAUAAUUUAGAAUUUUAUAGUGGAAGUGGAUAUAAACUAUCGGGAUUUAUAAAAAAGUGGAAGGAAAAACUUUUGGUGUUUGAUUUAAAUUCUAGGGUAGUUUUAAUGAUAUUUUCAGAUUUUAUAAAUAUAAGAUGUGAAGAGUCAAAGUUAAAAAUAAAUUGAUAUUUCAAAUUACAACAUUAAGUAAUUGGGAAAGUAUUAAGAGAAAUGGUCAUUAAAACUAUCAAAUGCAUAAAAUGAAUUUAAGUUUGGAUGGAAUAAUGAAAAAGAUUGUUAAUAAUGGGUUGAUUGUUUCACAGGUGAAUGGAAGAGAUAAUAAGAGUAAUUAAGAUUUUUGGAGGAAUUUGAUAAAUCUCAUCCUGAAGUUGAACCUUAUAUAGAAAAAUAACCAUUAGUGUUUCGACCAAAACCAAGUUUAAUGUCUCGUGAUAAGAUUGAAAAUAUGAUUCCUCAUUUGCCAUAGUUUAUUUAAGUAAAGAAAAAGAAUAAAAAAUUAGAAAGAUAUGGAGAUUCUAUUGUAAAAUACAUUUGA